UGACAGAAGUGACACAAGCAGCGCAGACACAGCUACGCAGACCACAACCUGCCCAGCCCAAAGAGAGCCCGAAACUGCUGCAUAUUUUCUCAGAGAAAACCUGGGAAACUUCUUCAAAGGUCUGACAGAGGCACAGGAGUCCCCCAGUUCUCAUUUCUCAAAACCUUGGACCGAGGAGACUAAAGACUCGUCUCCUGCAUUUCUCUCUCCCUCUCGCUCCCAGUAUGGCGGUGUGGGAUCUGUCAGUCACAGUGGAGGACCUGGGGUCUGAUGCGCCUCCCGUGACCCUCAGUGUGGCCUCUGACCUUCACGUCGGAGGGGUCAUCCUAAAGCUGGUGGAAAAGACACAGAUCAAGCGUGAUUGGUCGGACCAUGCACUGUGGUGGGAGCAGAAGCAGCAGUGGCUGCUGCGGACAGCCUGGACUCUGGAGAAAUAUGGUAUCCACGCCGAUGCCCGGCUGGUCUUCAUGCCCCAACAUAAGCCCCUAAAGCUGUGUCUGCCCAACGGCAUUACCCUGAAGCUCCGAGCCUGCUUCUCCAAUCCUGUCUUCCAGACUGUGAUGGGUAUCUGCAGAAUGCUCAAUAUCCGUCACCCCGAGGAGCUCUCGCUCCUUCGGCCCAUAGAGCAGAAAAAGAAGAAGAAAGAUAAAGAUUCGGCUGAGGAGAUCUACGACCUGACCGAGGUGCCCCUCUCCUCGGUAUCCCGGCCCUGUCUCUAUAAUGGCAUGCCGGCUCAUUUUGCUGACUCAGCACAGAUGGAGGCCAUCUACAAGAUGCUGUCAGUCACCCAGCCUCCCCCUGCCCCUGAGGUCAUAGCCAAGCAGUACCGCCCAGCCAGCGUGGUGGACAAGGCCCACAUCCAUGGCAGGUGGUUGGACUCAUCCCGUUGUCUUUUGCAGCAGGGAAUCCAAGAAAAUGACAGAGUCUGGCUUCGCUUCAAAUUCUAUGCCUUCUAUGACAUUGAACCCAAGUACGAUGUUGUGCGUCUGACCCAGCUGUAUGAGCAGGCGCGCUGGGCCAUCCUGCUGGAGGACAUCGACUGCACCGAGGAGGAGAUGAUGCUGUUUGGAGCUCUACAGUACCACAUCAGUAAGGUGUCUCAGUCGGAGCCCCAGAUGCUGAGUUCCAAUGCAGCUAUGGACGAUCUGGAGUCCGCCCUUCAGUCCCUGGAGGUCAAGAUGGAGGGAGAGACCAGCACUGCAUCCGAGAUGCUGGAAUACAUGACGGCACCAGAACUCAACGACUAUCUGAAGAUAUUCAGGCCAAAGAGGCUGACUCUGAAGGGAUAUAAGCAGUACUGGUUCAAGUUCCAGGAUACCUCCAUCUCUUAUUUCAAGAGCAAAGAGGAGAGCAUCGGGGAGCCCAUUCAACAGAUUAACCUCAAAGGAUGUGAGGUGGCUCCAGACGUUAACGUGACAGCACAGAAGUUCCUUAUCAGACUCCUCAUACCAGCGCCUGAGGGCAUGAAUGAGGUCUAUCUGCGCUGUGAAAACGAGCAGCAGUAUGCUCAAUGGAUGGCUGCGUGUCGACUGGGCUCCAAAGGCAAGACUCUGGCCGACAGCAGUUUCCAGAGCGAGAUCCAGAGCAUCCGCUCCUUCCUGGCAAUGCAAAAGACCAGCUCCGGUUCCCAUGGCAACGUACCUGCCAACGAUGAAAGCAUCAAUACUCACAGUCUGGUAUCGCCACGCUACCAUAAGAAGUACAAGACCAAACAGCUGACCCCUCGUAUCCUGGACGCAUACCAGAACGUGGCUCAACUCUCAUUGACAGAUGCAUUGAUGCGCUUCCUGCAGAUCUGGCAAGCCCUGCCUGAUUUUGGACUCUCAUACGUCGUUGUCAGGUUUAAGGGUAGUCGGAAAGACGAGGUAAUGGGAAUUGCUCCCAACCGUCUGAUCCGCAUUGACCUGGGCGUGGGUGAUGUGGUGAAGACCUGGCGCUACAACAACAUGAAGCAGUGGAACGUCAACUGGGACAUUCGACAGGUGGCCAUAGAGUUCGAAGGCAACGUCAACAUUGCUUUUAGCUGCGUGACGGCUGACUGCAAAAUUGUUCAUGAGUUUAUUGGAGGCUACAUUUUCAUGUCUACACGCAGUCGUGAGAAGAGCGACACUCUGAAUGAGGAGCUUUUCCACAAGCUGACCGGUGGCCAUGAAGCUCUUUAGGACUAAAACACACACAAAAGAUGGAUCUUUCACAGCCCACAUCAGAUUCCCUGUGUGUGCGUCUCAACAGUGGAAACCAUCUGGAAUAGGAUUUUGUUACAACAGGCAACCACAAAAACAUCAGAACAAUACAACAAAUGGUUGAAAUAAGAUAUCAUGUUAAUGUAUAAAUGAGUUACAGCAAACUUUCCCUAUCUGUCCAUCCAAGUUUUUAUAUAGCCUUUGUCAUAAACUACAUGAAUGGAUGGAUGACUUUACUUGUUCAGACAGUUCAGGACUCCUGUGGUCCUCAUGCUGACUUCCCCUUUACUUCAAGAUGGACUGCUGCUGAGCCAAACUGCUAGACAUCUGGUCCAGUAUCAGCAGGCUUGACAAUCAAACAAACUCAUGUAAAAUCAACAGAUGUAUCCACCAGCAGCAACUUUUCUUUUUGUUUGCCUCACAGUAUCCAGACUUCCUAUCACUCAGGAAAGAAAGCCUUGCUAUGUCCAGAGCUGCAGUUUUAUUCCCACUUUAGUUUGAAAUUUAUGGCACAUUACAACAGCCACAUUAUGGCAGCCAAGAAUCAACAAUGAGUAGAAAAUAUACUAGCUAAUAUGAUAUGAUGAUAAUAUGAAAUCUCGUGUCUAAUAUGAAGAAAACAAACAUUUAUUCAAAUAAAUAUAACAAUUCCAUUUUCAUUCUGUUGUUUUCACUCCUUAUGUUCAUGGCAUAUGGUGGUAAUUUCUGUUGUUUCCUUCACAGGAAGCUUCAAACCAUUUAUCUUCCCUCACAUGCUGUGUGUGUGU